AUGGACAAGGGCUCGCCUGCUGCUGUGGCCUCGUUGGGUAUGCCUACCUUUGAUGAUCCACUCAAGCACCGUCAAUGGGCCAAAGAACACAUGGCAUUGGCAUUCAGGUACUUGGGCAGGGAGGGAUACGGCAAGGAAGGUGUUGCAGGCCACAUCAGUCUUCGUGACCCCGUCAAGCCUGACCAUUUUUGGCUCAAUCCUUUGGCUAAACACUUCUCACAGAUCUGUGUUUCGGAUCUCGUCCUUGUGGAUCAUACCGGACAGAUUGUGGAGGGAGAAGGUGGCAACAAUGCACCCAUCAAUGCUGCUGCAUUUGCUAUUCAUUCUGCCAUUCACGCUGCUCAGCCCGAUGUCAUUGCUGCUUGCCACGCACACAGUAUCUACGGCAAAGCAUGGGCAACGCUUGGUAUCGAGUUGCCAAUUACAACGCAAGACUCGUGCAUCUUCUACAAGGAUCAAAAAGUGUACGAUUCAUUCGGCGGGGUGGUCUUCCAGGCUGAAGAGGGACAGCGUAUUGCCAAUGCCCUGGGAGACAAGCGUCUGUUGAUUCUGCAGAACCAUGGUUUGCUGACUGUUGGCAAGACGGUUGAUGAAGCUGUGUUUUUGUUUGGUGCAGCAGACAGGCAGUGCCAGGCACAACUCGCUGCGGAUGCAGCAGCUGCCGCACGCGGUAUCAAGUCUAUCAUCAUUGACGACGAGGAUGCAGCAUACACGCACUCCCAGAUUGGUCGUUCAGACGUGCACUACAUUCAAUUUUCGAAUGAGGUCAAGUACCUGCACGAGACGACGGGCGGAUCAUACUUGCAGUAG